GUAGCCAAACGAGAACGUCUUCCCUCUCGCCUGCAAAACAGACACGACCUUCGUUCCCACGUUGUCGCAAUUAGGUUGGUAAGAGCAUGGAUCAGUUUUUUGUUCGUCAAUGAAACUAAACUGCGUCUGGAAACCAUGUCCAACAUCCCAACUUCACUCUCUGAGAUUUGUCUCACCCAGUUUCGCCUAGCGAUGUCGAUAGCAGACCCUUGGCCAUUCUCAUGAACCCCACCGCACCUACACGCACACCCUCCUCUUCACUUUCAUUACCAUACAUCAUCUCAUCUUUCGGUCUCAAAAUCUCUAUCCACCCUCUCCCCGAAUAUGUCCAAGAUUCGCGGAUUCAACCUCAGGAAGCGCCUCAUCCGGGUCUCCAAAUGGGUCUUCAGGAAGAUCCGGGUCCGGACCAGACCCGGAUACCAUCGCCUGGGCAACUCUCCUCGGUCGUCCAUCGCUAAACUCCUCUCCUGGGGUCGCAAACUGACGGCGAGCGCCAAGUCCUGCUUUCCGGUAUCAGUAGGGUCCGGUUACGCUCAAUUGGGAUCCGGUUCCGUGGUAGGAUCCGACCGGGACCCGAGUGUGCCCAAGGGACAGCUGGCCGUGUACGUGGGGCAGAAGGAUGGCGAGUUGCACCGCGUGCUGGUCCCGGUAAUAUACUUCAACCAUCCUUUGUUUGGGGAGUUGCUGAAGGAGACAGAGGAGGAGUUUGGGUUCCACCACGACGGGGGAAUCACCAUCCCGUGCCGGUUCACUGAGUUUGAACGGGUCAAGACCCGAAUAGCGUCCGGGUCUCGUCGGAGCACCCGUCCCAAAAGGUUGGCCUGACGAGAAAUGAAGUGAAUUUUUUUAAUAAUUAUAUUAUUGGUGAAGAGUUUUUUCACUGUACUUUCACAUAAUUAAUCUCCAUCAUUACCUUAUGAGUUCUAG